GGCGUGUUGUUCUAUUCUGUGGCCGCGCCCUCCAGCUCUCCCUGCCAUUCGUCGGGCGGGAGCCGGACGGAGCGGACGGUAGUGGCUGCGUUCUGCAAGCCAAGGUUCGGGUCAUCGUCUCCCACAAGGACACAACCAUGUAUAGCUUAAGGACUUGCGCUGCUAAACUAAGGCCUUUGACGGCCUCUCAGACUGUUCGAUCGCUCAAACACAGUCGGCCCUCGGCCCCAAGGACGUUUCAGCCACUCAGGUGCCUUAGUACACCUGGGGCCGCAGAGCCUUUUCUUAGUGGGACUAGUUCUAAUUAUGUGGAGGAAAUGUACUACGCCUGGCUGGAGAACCCCAAGAGUGUCCACAAGUCAUGGGACAUCUUCUUCCAGAACGCCAAUGCCGGCGCAGCACCUGGAACAGCUUACCAGAGCCCUCCACCCCUAGGUACCAGCCUGUCUGCACUGACCCAUGCACAGUCACUAGUGCAGGCGCAGCCAAACAUAGACAAACUAGUAGAGGAUCAUCUUGCUGUGCAGUCCCUCAUCCGGGCAUAUCAGAUCCGUGGGCACCAUGUUGCCCAGCUUGACCCACUGGGCAUUCUGGAUGCAGAUCUGGAUUCCUGUGUGCCAGCUGACAUUAUCACAUCCUCAGACAAACUCGGGUUUUACGGGCUAGAGGAAUCCGACCUGGACAAAGUCUUCCAAUUGCCAACCACUACAUUUAUCGGAGGGAAUGAGACGGCGCUGCCCCUUCGAGAGAUCAUUAGAAGACUGGAGACCUCCUACUGCCAGCACAUCGGAGUCGAGUUCAUGUUCAUCAAUGACCUGGAGCAGUGUCAGUGGAUCCGGCAGAAGUUUGAGGCCCCGGGAAUUAUGCAGUUCAGCAGUGAAGAGAAACGCACUCUGCUCGCAAGACUGGUUAGAUCUACAAGGUUUGAAGAGUUCCUCCAUCGUAAGUGGUCAUCUGAGAAGCGUUUUGGCUUGGAGGGAUGUGAAGUCCUAAUUCCAGCCCUGAAAACCAUCAUCGAUAAAUCCAGUGAGAACGGCGUGGAUUAUGUCAUCAUGGGGAUGCCUCACAGAGGUCGUCUUAAUGUUCUGGCCAACGUGAUCCGGAAGGAGCUGGAGCAAAUAUUCUGCCAGUUUGACUCUAAGCUGGAAGCUGCAGAUGAGGGAUCUGGAGAUGUAAAGUACCACUUGGGAAUGUAUCACAGGCGGAUAAAUAGGGUAACUGACAGGAACAUCACCCUGUCACUGGUGGCCAACCCUUCCCAUCUUGAGGCUGCUGAUCCUGUUGUCCAGGGCAAAACCAAAGCAGAACAGUUCUAUUGUGGAGACAAUGAAGGCAAGAAGGUGAUGUCUAUCCUUAUACAUGGAGAUGCUGCAUUUGCCGGACAAGGGAUCGUGUAUGAGACUUUCCAUCUGAGUGAUCUGCCGUCACACACUACUCAUGGCACUGUCCAUGUCGUGGUCAACAACCAGAUCGGUUUCACCACUGAUCCUCGUAUGGCCCGCUCCUCCCCAUACCCGACAGAUGUGGCCAGAGUUGUCAACGCCCCAAUCUUCCAUGUCAACGCCGAUGACCCCGAGGCUGUGAUGUACGUGUGCAACGUGGCUGCAGAGUGGAGGAGCACCUUCCACAAAGAUGUGGUUGUGGAUCUGGUGUGCUACCGCCGCAAUGGGCACAACGAGAUGGAUGAGCCCAUGUUCACACAGCCUCUGAUGUACAAGCAGAUCCGCAAACAGAAGCCAGUGCUACAAAAAUACGCCGAGACCCUGAUAUCACAAGGAGUGGUCAAUCAGCCGGAGUACGAGGAAGAGAUAGCCAAAUAUGACAAAAUUUGUGAAGAGGCGCAAGCCCGCUCCAAGGAUGAGAAAAUCCUUCACAUCAAGCACUGGCUGGACUCUCCAUGGCCUGGUUUCUUCACUCUGGAUGGACAGCCCCGUAGCAUGUCCUGUCCCUCAACUGGCCUCAGUGAAGAUGAAUUGGCUCAUAUAGGAAGUGUGGCCAGCUCCGUUCCAGUGGAGGACUUUACUAUCCAUGGAGGUCUUAGCCGUGUACUGAAGGCCCGAGGGGAGAUGGUAAAGUCCAGGACUGUUGACUGGGCACUGGCUGAGUACAUGGCAUUUGGGUCACUCUUAAAGGAAGGCAUCCAUAUCCGUCUGAGUGGACAAGAUGUAGAGAGAGGCACAUUCAGCCACCGUCACCAUGUGUUACAUGACCAAAAUGUGGACAAAAGAACUUGUAUCCCCAUGAACCAUCUGUGGCCCAACCAAGCUCCAUAUACAGUGUGCAACAGCUCACUCUCAGAGUACGGAGUACUGGGAUUCGAACUUGGGUUUGCCAUGGCCAGCCCAAAUGCACUGGUCCUCUGGGAAGCUCAGUUUGGAGAUUUCCACAAUACUGCUCAGUGUAUCAUUGAUCAGUUCAUCUGCCCAGGGCAGGCUAAGUGGGUACGACAGAAUGGAAUAGUCCUGUUACUACCCCAUGGCAUGGAGGGCAUGGGUCCCGAACAUUCCUCUGCAAGACCUGAACGCUUCCUGCAGAUGUGCAAUGAUGACCCGGAUGUGUGGCCAAAAGCUUCUGAAGACUUUGCUGUUCGUCAGCUUUAUGAUUGUAACUGGAUCGUUGUCAAUUGCUCCACUCCAGCCAACUUCUUCCAUGUGCUCCGCAGACAGAUCCUGCUCCCGUUCCGUAAACCGUUAAUUGUCUUCACUCCAAAGUCUCUCCUUCGUCAUCCUGAAGCCAGGUCAAGCUUUGAUGACAUGCUGGCAGGCACACACUUUGAAAGAAUUAUCCCAGAUGCUGGACCUGCAUCCCAGAACCCUGCUGGAGUGAAGCGCAUAAUCUUCUGCUCGGGAAAAGUGUACUAUGACCUGACCAAAGAACGCAGCACCAAGGAAAUGGAAGCUGAGGUGGCUAUCACCCGCGUGGAGCAGCUGUCUCCAUUCCCAUUUGACCUUCUGGAGAAAGAAGUCAAUAAGUACCCUAAUGCAGAGAUAGUUUGGUGCCAAGAGGAACACAAGAACCAGGGAUAUUACGAUUAUGUAAAGCCAAGAUUACGCACCACAAUACACCGCACUAAACCUGUCUGGUAUGCCGGCCGAGAUCCCGCAGCAGCCCCAGCCACCGGCAACAAGAAGAACCACAUGACGGAACUGAAGAGAUUCCUGGAUACUGCUUUCAAUCUGGAUGCAUUCAAGGGCCUCUCUUAGACCAGCACACGUUUCCUCCCUCCUUCUGCACUCCCCAUCUUCUAUCCAUACACUCAGCGGGGGCUUCCUCUCCCCUAUGCGUCUUUGCUUUUAACCUGGCCAGAGAAAAGUUACCCACGGCGGCUCAUCGCUGCCCUACAACCACUCACCAUUAAAUGGUUUUAAUGGGGCAAAACCAACAGGAGUUUAGUUUCUUACAAAGGGAGAGAAUCUGCUGGUGCAGCGGAACAUAUCUGAUGUGUAUAUGAAUGAUAUGUACGGGGGGCGCUGCUUUUACUAUUUAAACACGAGAGCUAUGGAAUCCUUACUGUGUAUUACCCAUGUCUACUUCUGACAGUAUCAAGAGACACAUGGAGUCCCGCAGACCAGGGACACAAUUCGGGCGGUCAUGCAAUAUUUUUUAAAGCCACAUUUUAUACAAGUAAAAUACAUUUUAGUUAACGCUUGUAAUCUGGUAUCAACGCAGCUUCUUCCUGUGUUACAUAACCAGCACUACCCACGCUGCCCCCCAGGGUUACGUUCUAAACUGGUACCUCUGCCCUGUGCACGGAUAUUAUGGUGAUGUGGGCCAUUAGAGCAUGGCUGCGAGUGAGGUUAGUGCAGGACUCCAUUAACAUCUCCCAUGUCAGUCUACCUGUAUAUUAAUUAACAUUAAGGUUUGCGGGGUAAUGCUCUGCCAAUGCACCCGGAGGGAGACCUGCUGCCUGGGGAAGAAUCUGCAGAUUUCUUUCAUCUCAUGACAAAUUGAAGGGAAGUAUUCAUGUUGUCGUAGGUGUUUCUGCGCUUUCUGGAGAGACUGAUAUGACAGCUUGUACCAUGAACCGCUUAUCAUAUACCGCACUACAUCAGGUAUCUGCUUCCUGCCGAUUAUUCUCGAGACAGCAGCAGGUUACUCCUACAGCUUUUAUACAUUAAUAUAUUUUUAUUUAGGAAGGGAGGAGCGAUUUUAGUCUAUUGCCAAUCACCUUUAUCCGGGCCCCUUAAAGGAGAACUACUAAGCCCCUCAAAGGGGAUGUCCAGGAUUAGAACAAGGGGUCUGCUUUUUAUCUAUAAACAGCGCCACAGCGGUCCAUGAUCUGUUUCUGGUAUUGCAACUCAUCCUGAUACAAGAAAAUGAGGUUGAGCUUCUAUACCUCAGGCCAUGGACGGGAAUGGUGCUGCUUCUAAAAAAAAAAAAAAUCCCCUUUUUCUGUCUCAAACCUUUAAGUUUUAAAACUGAUUC